GAGCUGAGGGGAGGGGCGGACGCAAGUGUGCACGGGGCGCAGAUUUGCACCUCACCCCGCCCUUUGCUCUGCCCUGGGCGGUGUCGCCCCGCCCUCUUGUUACCAGAGAAACACGUGUCCCGCCCGCUAGCCGUUGCCCUGGAGACGCCGGUGACAACAAGUUAUUCGGGACUCUGUGGCCGGUGAGUGGUAAAGGCGGAUGAGAUGGUCCAAGAAGAAUAAAAACUAAUAGUGUAAGAUGGAAAAUACUACUGUAUCUGGGAGUUCAGAUGUAGCCCAGCAGACAGACACAGAGAUUACAUCUGAAAAUGUUGAAAUAAAACAGAAAAUACCUUCCGCUGUAGAACUUGUACAGUAUGAGGCAGAACAUCUAGAGCAGGACCAGAACCUUCAUAAUGGAGAAGUACAGACUCUAGACCAACAAUUACAUAUGGAGGGUGAAGAGACACCAGAUAUGACAGAAGACCAAAAUAUGGAGAAAAAAGGAGUUGGAGAUGAAGAAUUAUCAGAAACAGUUGAACACAAUGGAGACAGUUUUCAUCAAACCGAGCAAAUCCCCGAUCUUCUUCAGGAGACACAGCCAAUGCAGGAAAGCAGUGCACAGUCUUCUAUUCUAACAGAAGAAGACAACCAGUCUCAAGAGGACCAAGAUACUGAUCUGCAGAGGAUUUCAGAACAAACACUUGAAAAACAAAUUUCCUCAGAUGACUCCAGUGCUACAGCUACAGUAAAGGUGAUGCUAACUCCUGAUGGCCAAGUAAUCACAGUUGCAUUUUCUAUUGGAAAAUCUAUUGAGCACCUUAAGAAUUACUUUGCAUCUCAAAUGAAACUUCCAGAAGCAGUUAUAAGGAUAAUGUAUGAAGGGCGAAUUGUAGAAGACUCUGAGACUCUAGUGGAUCUCGGAAUUAGACCUCAUGGAAUGAUUCAGCUGGACAUGCAGUCCACAGAUCCUGAAAACUACCCAAUAAAAGCAAUGAAAUUUCAGCAUGAAUACAGCAUGCCAGAUGUCAUUACUGUUAGGGUACAAACAGGAGAUGAAUCCUAUCAGGAUAUAGCAGUAGAAAUCGAAAGACUUAACUACUGUAAACCUUAUUUGGGUGGAUAUCGGCAUAAAGUGACCGGUGUCGUGUUCCAUCAUGCUGGGACACAAACUUUACCAAAAAAGAGACCAGUAAAAGACACUGUAGUGUUCUGCAGAGAUACACAGACAGUUUUUGAAAAGAACAAGACCCAACAGUCAAGGAAUACAAUGGGCACACAAAUGACAAAAAUUGGUUGCUAUGUCAAAAAUAUAACAGACAAACUAAUAGAGCCAAAGAAAUAUGUGACUGCCGAUGAAUUCCAUGCGAGACGUCUGAAAGCAGUGAUUACAAUGCAGACCUACUUCCGACGUUUUCAUGCCAAAGGAGUGGUGCAGCAGUUGAGAGAAGAGAGAAGGCUGAGGUUGGAAUGGGAGGAAAAGGAGGAAUUAAGAAAAAUAAAAGAGAAGAAGGAAAGACUAAGAAAGGAAUAUGAGCGCAGAAUGAACCCAAAGAGCAAGGAAGAUUUUGAGUUGCUUUAUCAUGCUCUUGAAUUAUGGCGAAAAGAAGAGGUGGAGCGAAUUAAUCAAAUCUACACUGGAGCUGAAAGGAAAGCCGCCCUUUGUGCUCUUCUAGAACAAGAGACUCAGUUGAUCAGCUCAAUUGGCAGGCACAAAAUAGACGCAGGUGAAGAAAACCAACAAAAAGCUAUACAAGAUCUUCUAAAUAAGUGCUGUGAACCUAAAAGAUGGAAAGCAUUUGAUGGAAAGACUACUGAGAUGGAUACCCAAUAUACUAUCCGGGCCAGAGAACUACAUAACAUUUACAACAGUAUCAACACCAAAUAUUUCACUCGUGAUGAGAGGCUUGAUGCACUUUUGACACUUAAGCAUACUGUGAAGGAACACGACUGCAGAUUAACCCAAGAGAUUGUAGAGCUGAUUGACAGGGAAGCGGACCUCUUAAUGCGGGGAGUGCAAAACUGCAAUCUAGAGGGACUUCGAAAGAGAAUCUCUACACUUUUUCUGCAGUACAUAAAAACUCCCACUUUUAACCCUGAAAUUGCCAGGUUGCUCAAGAUUCCUGAGGACUCUACAGUCUUCCGUAAAAACAUAUAUUUUUGUCCCAGUUGCAAAAGCUAUUUACGCUCAACCGAGUUUUCUCUGUCUGCUAAUGCUCGCACCAUUGGGCGGUGUCGAAAAUGUUCAAAAUUAGACAAUGAAGCUCGGCAGAGAGAAGAGUUUACAAAAUACAAGAUGUUACUCAAGCAGCUAAAAAAGUCAGAAGCAGAUUAUGGAGAUGAUGCCAAAAUUGCAUUCUUACUCCAGCAGGAAGAUCUCCAGUACCUUGUUGAGAAUAUUUGGGGCUCUAAUUCUGCAUUAAGUGCCUGUGAUGACCUCUAUGAACUAGUCAUAGUGAGAUGGAACAAAUAUUAUGAGUGGUCUCCAUGGAACUGUAUUCUCUUAACAAAAGAGGAGGCAGCAGCCCAUUUGAACCUUGCUAAUGCUGAUCAGGCUUAUGGCAUUGUUUUUAUUCGAAAGAUCAAGCACAGGCACAGUCUUGCCAAGAACUAUUUUUCUCAGAUUCCUGAGAUGGCACCGUUCCUUCAUCGGGAGAGAUCUGAUCAGAUGUCUACAGUUAAUGAUCUGGUUAUUAGUAAACCCAUUGCAGCCAGUCUCCAAGUCUAGAUGAUUUUCCCUGCUGAGUUCAGUGCGUUUAUCAUAUUCACAUGACAGCCUUGUUUUUUGUCAUCAUUAACUGACUGUAAUAUAAAAUGUUGUGCUAGACUAAUCGCUCAGUAAAAUGGAUUUACAGCUAAACAUGAACCACAUAAUCUCACCCUAUCACCUUAUUAAAGAAAGAAAUUGGGUAUUAAUUCCAACAAUUUCUUUUUAUUUUAUUCCGUUUUAGACAAGAAAAGCAUGUACUUCCUUGUUGCAUACUGUAUUAGUAUUAUCAAUACUCAAUGGCUACAUCUGUGUAUCUUUUAUGUAUUUCUAUAACUGAAAGAUUUUUCAACAACAUGGUAAAAUGGUAAAGAACCCCAUAACAAUAGCAGACAUGCUUAAGGUCCAUAAAUAGUAUACAGAUGUUAAGGAUAUAUAAAUAUAUAUAGAUAUAAAACAAAAAUGUUUUUAUAGAAAAAAAUAUACAGGGUAUAGAUUAUACAUAUUAAGGCUGGGUUCACACUACGUUUUGUCCCAUACGGGA